AUUGUAAUCCAUUUGGAGUACAGAUUGUCCCUUGUAGCUCCUGCUCUUAGCACUGUCAAGAGGGCCACCCACAGUUUGGGAGGAAGAGCAGUAGAGGUGGGAAAGGUACAAGGCAAAAAGCAAGGCAGAAGAACCAGGAAUGAGUUUAGCUGGAGACGAAGAAGCAACAAGCAGGAACAGAAGCAGAAGCAACUGACAACAAAAGACGGAUUCUGUGUCUCAGCAGCUCACAAGACUUUCAGAAGAAGUUGCUUUACUCCGAAUUUGCAGGUGUUUAUUGAGAAACAUCAAUAAAACCAACUAUUUUACACCACUAUUCAUUCAUUGUACCAGAUGUUUUGGGGCUUUUGGUUUAACAAUGGCCUCUGAUAUCUGCAGAAUCAUCUCCACCAGUUUCUUAUGCAUUGUAGUCCUGCUGCUGCUUGGCUCACAGACAUCUCUGGCUGGUAAAGACUGCACAGAUGUGGAGUGUGAACCCACAAUAAACUGCAUUGAAGAGGCAAUCGAGGGAGACGCCUGUUGCCCCACAUGUGUCCAGUUUGGCUGCAUGUGUGAAGGGUAUCAAUAUUAUGAUUGUGUUAAUGUUGGAUUUAAAGAUGGCAAAGUGCCUGAAGGAGAAUCGUACUUUGUUGACUUUGGAAGUACCGAAUGUUCCUGUCCGGCUGGAGGAGGAAGAAUUAGCUGCAACUUUAUUCCAUGCCCAGAACUGCCACCAAACUGCAUUGACAUCCUUCAGCCAGCAGACGGAUGUGUACAAUGCGGAAGAAUAGGAUGUAUCCAUGGGGAAGAGAAGUAUGAUGCCGGAAACACUUUCCACAUGUCUUUGUGUAAGUUUUGCCAUUGCCCCAAUACAGGUGGUGAGAUAAUGUGUUAUGAGAUUCCAGACUGUGACCUGGAAUUAGACAGCACUACUCCACUUAUGGAUACACCUGACAGUGAUCCAGAAAGACAGUACGAUUAUCCAUACAGUCAAGAACAUGAUGCUACUGAGUUGGCCAGCCCAGCAGCUGCAGAGAAGAACAAUAAUUACAAAAGAAAUGCAUUGCAGGAUCAUUCACUUUUGGAUUAUGAUGAUGGCUUGGGUGACUCUUUAAACUCAUCAACUCUUUAUCCAUUUAAUGAGGUUGAGUUUACAACCUCAAGUUACCAAACAAUUCAUCCAUCUGUACCCAAAGAAUUAAAUGCAACUUCCACAGUUAAAGCCUACAGAACAGAGCCCACUACCACAGUAGCCUUAACGACAACAUCUAAUUAUAAUGAGAGCCGCUUGGAAAAAACAACAGCACAGCAAAACACAUUGCGUCCACAUAUUGAGCCAGAAGAAAUUCUGAAAGAUUCAGUCAAGUUGAGCAAUGUUUUGCCUACUGAAAGCAGUACAAGUAGCAGAGGUGACUUAAAAACAGCCUUUCAAUCUACUCCAACACCAUACACAAUGUCACCAAUGAGUAGACAUGCAUCUCCUGAAGAGAAGAGAGAAGAAACUAGCACCCAGUUAAACUUUAUUCCUACUGUUCAUCCCACACCACAGCAGAAAGAAAAUAGUCAACAAAUGACAACCCAGUCUCCCACUACCCUGCCUCUCUAUAUAGAAGAAAGAUAUGAUCCAUCUCACAUUUUUAAUAUCUCAAGAUUGCAUGACGGAUCCACAAAAGACCUUGUCGAAACGUGCUGUGCCGCUGGCCAACAAUGGUCCAUUGAUCACGGAGAAUGCGAAAAUAUGCCGUUGAGUGCUUCUGAGGAGUGCAGUUUGGCAGAGAAGCAGUGCUGCAUUUCCUACAUCAAGGAAAAUACUUGUAUUGCAGGAAUGAUCGCAGCCAAAGAAGAUGGAAUAUGUUUGCCCGCAGAGAAUGAUAUGUGUGAAAGAUCUUAUUUUAAGCUGUGCUGUGACUGCUGUUCGUGGGGACUGAAGGUGAGGAAGGAGGGCAGCUCAUGUGAAUCCAACCUCAAUCUGGGCUAUCCCUGCAAUCACAUGAUGAUCUUGUGCUGCAACGGGGACGAGCAGCUCAUCCUGCCAGAUGCUAAAGUCCCCUCUAAACCUGAGCUCUUGGUUUUGCCCGAGGCAGAUAUUGAUGAAUGUGUUCUAAACACACACACAUGUGUCCAAGGAGAGCGCUGUGUUAACACUGUUGGGUCGUUUGUGUGUAUCCAAGAGGAAAGAUGUGAGACUGGGUUUGCAGUUGUAAAUGGAGUAUGCACAGAUAUUGAUGAAUGCGUGAUGAAUAAACACACGUGUGCCACAGGGGAGCGCUGUAUUAACACUGUUGGCUCAUUCAUUUGUAUCCAAGAAAGGAGAUGUGAGAGUGGAUACACAACAGUAGAUGGAGUUUGUACUGAUAUAAACGAAUGUUCGGCCCUGGCCCCUCCCUGCAAACAAGGAUUUACUUGUGUGAAUACUUUGGGCUCCUUCGUUUGCCAGAGAAAACAAUUAAAGUGCAACAAAGGAUAUCAAUCAAAUGAGAAUGGAACGAUGUGCAUUGAUAUUAACGAGUGUAACCUCGGUACCCACAACUGCUCCCAGGAACAAACCUGUUUCAAUCUCCCGGGAUCUCACCGCUGCGACUGCAAGAUGGGAUACCGAUAUGACUUGUUCAGAAAGGCUUGUCUUGAUAUAAAUGAAUGUUGGAUUUAUCCAGGACGUCUGUGUCACCAUACUUGCGAGAACACCGUUGGCUCCUAUAAAUGUUCUUGCUUUGCUGGUUUCCAGUUGGGUCAGGAUGGAAAACAUUGCGAAGAUGUGAAUGAGUGCAAGAAUAAUCCAUGUAACCAAGAGUGCACAAAUGUAUAUGGCUCCUAUCAAUGUUACUGCAAGGAGGGAUAUAAGCUUGCAGAUGAUGGAAUCUCAUGUGAAGAUAUUGAUGAAUGUGUCCAGAACUUUGGAAGCCUUUGUGUGUUUGCCUGUGUAAAUACCCCUGGAAGCUACCAGUGCGCCUGCCCAGAUACUGGCUACACCCUGACAGCCAAUGGACGGACAUGCAAAGAUAUUGACGAAUGUGAAGUAGGAACGCACAACUGCUCAUCGUCAGAGGAGUGCUACAAUGUCCAAGGGAGCUACAAAUGUCUCUCCUACGCUUGCCCAGAGAACUACAGAAAGGUUUCCAACACGGUUUGUGAAAGAAUAUCAUGUUUCAAUUACCAAGAGUGCCAAAACACUCCCGUACGGAUCUCUUACCUGCGGCUGAAUUUUCCAGCUGGAGUGGUGGUCCCGGCGCAGAUUUUCCGCAUUGGGCCGUCCCCAACGUACGCAGGCGAUACUAUUGUCCUGGAUAUCAAAAAGGGAAAUGAAGAAAACUAUUUCAGCUCUAGAAAAUUUAACCCCUACACAGGCAUCAUCUAUUUACAAAGACCGGUCAAGAAAGCCAAAGACUUUUUAUUGGAUGUAGAGAUGAAACUGUUUCGUCAGGGCGUGGUCACAACCUUCCUCUCCCGGAUUUACGUAUUUAUCACUUCCCCCUCUUAAACAUUCUUUUCUACCUCUAGAAAUUUCCUCCUACACUUAAGGAAUGAUGACGAGCAUUUUGGUAUGACUGACACAGCACAUUAUGCUGGAAUUCCAGUAAAGAGUCCUUAAAGGCAACAUGUACUGUGUUUAUAAGCAGGGUGUGUAUUCCAUUUAUUUCCCCUUAGUUGGGCAAUAUUCAUCUGUGUUUAGCAUAUUACAUUUUUCUUUACUUUGUUGAA